AACCUCACUCGUACAUCAGCCUUCCGCGACCCGACGGCUCUGCAGCAUAGAGGCAAACACCACCAUCUCCUUCUCUUGCGCAGACCUCGAACAACACCCUCGAUCGAGCUCCCACGAUGGACUACGAGGCCCUCAAGGAGCAAUGGUCCGAUAUUGAAGACCGCGAUGGCAUUCGCUUGUCAUGGAACACAUUCCCGUCUUCACGCAUGGAGGCCAGCCGGCUGGUCGUGCCAAUUGGUGCCCUCUACACACCGUUGAAAGAGAAGACGGACGGCACACCUCUGCUGCAAUACGAGCCCGUCACAUGCAAACCUCCGUGUCGAGCUGUUUUGAACCCCUUCUGUCAAGUCGACAUGCGCGCGCGGAUAUGGAUCUGUCCCUUCUGUCUGCAGCGCAACAACCUCCCACCUCACUACAAGGACAUCAGCGAGUCUCAGAUCCCACCGGAGCUCCACCCUGGAAGCACAACAAUCGAGUACCGACUCGCACGUCCAGCCCCUACUCCUCCGAUUUUUGUCUUCGUGGUCGAUACCUGUCAAGAGGAGGAUUCGCUCAAGUCGCUUAGAGACAGCAUCAUCAACGCCCUGUCUUUCUUGCCUCCACACGCCUUGGUUGGCCUGAUCACAUAUGGCACAAUGGCACAGGUUCACGAGCUUGGAUACACCGAAUGCGCAAAGUCAUACGUCUUCCGCGGCAACAAGGACUACGGCGGGAAGCAGGUUUCAGAAAUGCUCGGCUUGGCUAUGGGAGGUGCUGCGAGACCAGGACAGCCACAACCUCAACCCGGCCGACCAGCGGCUCCACCUGUUGGAGGUGCUCAGGCCAGGUUUCUGCUUCCAGUCCAGCAAUGUGAGUUCCAGCUCACAAACGUACUGGAGAGCCUCCAGAAGGAUCCAUGGCCGGUUGCGAACGAUAAGCGUGCCAUUCGCUGCACUGGUGUAGCUCUUUCAGUUGCGGCUGGUCUGCUCGAGACCAGCUUCCAGAACUCGGGUGCCCGGAUCAUGCUGUUCACCGGUGGUCCGGCCACGGAAGGCCCAGGUAUGGUCGUGGGACCUGAACUCAAGGAGCAGAUCCGUUCUCACCACGACAUUGACCGCGACAACAUCAAAUAUUACAAGAAGGCGCUGAAAUUUUACGAUACGCUGGCCAAGCGUGUGGCACACAACGGACAUGCAGUGGACAUUUUUGCAGGAUGCUUGGACCAAGUCGGUCUGCUGGAGAUGAAGGGCCUCGCCAAUAGCACUGGUGGCCACAUGAUUCUGACGGACUCUUUCACCUCGUCCAUGUACAAGCAGUCCUUCUCGAAGAUCUUCGAUGCGGAUGCAGAUGGCAAUCUGUUGAUGGGAUUCAAUGCUUCGCUCGAGGUGCUAACCACGAAGGAGCUGAAGGUGACUGGUCUCAUCGGACACGCAGUCUCACUCAACAAGAAGUCGACAUCAGUCGGAGAGACGGAAUGCGGUAUCGGCAACACAUGCAGUUGGAAGAUGUGCUCCAUCGACCCAGCUGCUUCGUACGGUGUCUACUUCGAAAUCGCAAGUCAAGGCGGUCCUGCACCAGCUAUGCAGCAAGGCCCGCAGAAGGGACUGAUUCAAUUCCUCACCUACUACCAGCACUCCGGAGGGCAAUACCAUCUCCGUGUCACCACUGUCGGCCGCAACAUGAGUGGACCGAGCGGAGAUCCCGCCAUUGCACAGUCAUUUGACCAGGAAGCAGCAGCGGUGCUCAUGAGCCGCAUCGCUGUCUUCAAAGCCGAGGUCGACGAUGGUCCAGACGUCCUUCGAUGGGUCGACCGCAUGCUGAUUCGCCUGUGCUCGCGUUUUGCAGAGUACAGGAAAGACGACCCGUCAAGCUUCCGCUUGGAGAAGAACUUCACCCUAUACCCACAGUUCAUGUUCCAUCUCCGCCGGUCACAGUUCUUGCAAGUGUUCAACAACUCUCCCGACGAAACGGCCUUCUACCGACACGUGCUCAACCACGAGGACGUGUCAAAUUCCCUGGUCAUGAUCCAGCCCACGCUUGACUCUUACACCUUCGACCAGGAGGGUGCCAUACCGGUCCUGCUCGACUCGACAUCUAUUCAACCGACCACUGUGCUCCUACUCGACACCUUCUUCCAUAUCCUCAUCUUCCACGGUGAGACAAUGGCUGAGUGGCGAAAAGCUGGUUACCAGGACAUGGAAGGAUACGAGAACUUCAGAGAACUGCUCGACGCUCCCAAGCAAGAUGCGAAGGACCUCAUCCAAGACCGCUUCCCACUUCCUCGAUUCAUCGUUUGCGACGCCGGCGGCUCACAAGCUCGUUUCCUUCUUGCCAAGCUGAACCCGUCUACGACGCACACCUCUUCUAGUUACGGAGGCGUCAGUCAAACGGCACAGACCAUCUUCACCGACGAUGUCAGCUUGCAGACAUUCAUGGACCAUUUGAUGAAGUUGGCUGUCAGCGGUACUGGCUAGAGAGAGAGCGUGUCGUGGUUCCCAGGUGAGGGUGUGUUGUAAAAGUUGGAAGCACAGGCGCUGAACGGGUUGGGAGGUGACUUGUUCAAUGAAGCACGAAGAUCGGCGUUGUCAUUGAGCCGAUCGCAGUGAAGCUCUGUAGAACUUAUCUAGACUUUGUGAUCAUGAAAUGAGCAAAUGAGCUC